AUGGAGUAUUAUGAUGCCGCGUUUUUCACAGCUGAGCGCGUCUACAACCGCCAGGUCCCUAACAUACGAGCGCCCAUCGAAGAGACGGACCAGCCUCUGGAAGGUCUUCUACCACACAGCCAGCACGAGAUGUUUUGGUGUGAAAAACGUCUCGAGGGUGACAGCACGCUGUUUUCUGCCGGGCUAAUAUUCUUUGAUCCCAACGAUGCUCUGAAGUCCAGAAUUCAUCCGAAUAAGUUGCUGAAAGCCAAAUUGCCUGGAAAUCACAUGGACGCCAGGAUGCAGCUAUAUUUCCACGGCGGCAUAACGUCCGGUGCUGUCAUUUUGCAAGAUUCCAAGGAUCCGAAAACUGGUCACAUUUCCGAGCGUGCCUGGUUCUGGCAACUGGACACGGAUGAACCAGCCGCAUUUGAGUCACAUCCCUGGGUCGACCGUCAUUACAAGUUCGGGUUUUUCGACGCCUUGAUAACCGAUAAGAAAAAACAUUUUGAAAUCAAGUGUGUCAAUCAAUACGGGUUGCUCGCACCGGACGUCGGCCCCGACCAAGCAAAAAUCCACGUUCUUCAUCGGCGCCAGGAUGAAUACUGUUGGGUGUCGCUGCACAACCCGGCCCAAGGCAAUUUGUUCCAAGAAUGCAUACAAGCCUUCCGUGCCGGGUAUCACUCCGACAAGCGACCUUUUGCGCUGCAUAAGAGAUUUGGCAUCAACGAAGUUGUGCAGCUUUUUGAGAAUGACGCGAUCGUGUACGGGCCGGAAGCGCUUCAUAUCCUCCGACGGUGUCCCUGUCUAAAUCAACCAAAAAGUAAAAGAAUC